AUGCCACCAACAGCCAUCGCAACAUCGCCUGGACCUGAUGGUCAAGCACUACCCACCAAGGAUCUAACUAUUAACGGCGAAACGAAGGCGCCUGCUGUUACUGCAACAGAAAUAAGCGAUGGAAAAAUUACUGAGACCCUCCCGCGCACAAUAGACCCACCAUUAAUCCUAGAAAACCACCCCGUUGACGAGCGUCUCCCAUUAAAGGCCAUCGUAGUCGGAGCAGGAAUCACAGGCAUCACGGCAGGCGUGCUUCUACCGGCAAAAGUUCCAGGUCUCAGUUUGACUAUCUACGAACGGCACUCUGAUAUCGGCGGCGUAUGGCAUUCGAAUCAGUAUCCGGGCGUGAAAUGCGACGUUCCAUCCCAUGUCUACCAGUCCACGUUCUCGCCGUCCAAAACCUGGACAGAGAACUACUCGCGCGGGGCCGAGAUCAAGUCCUACUGGAAGGCCGUGGCCACAAAGUAUUCGGUGUGGAAAUACAUCCAAACGAACUCCCAAAUCGUAUCUGCAAGGUGGUCGGAAUCAGACGCGAAAUGGACUGUCACGGUUAAACAGACAGACCCCAGCACCGGGAUAAGCAGCACCAUCGAAGACGAAGCGGACUUCCUGAUAACGGGGACCGGACGCUUCAGUAACCCCCGUCUGCCGAAUAUCCCUGGUCUGGAUAAUUUCCGGGGGAAAGUAAUCCAUACCGGGAGAUGGGAUCCUACCUUUGAACCAGAAGGGAAGAAUCUAGCGCUCAUCGGUAACGGCGCCUCAGGGCUGCAGAUCUUGCCUGAGCUGCAGAAAGUCGCGAACCGUGUAGAUCACUACACCCGUAAUCCAACCUGGGUAGCAGGGAGUUUGGGCGGAGAGAAACUCAGCCGGACGGUUCCAAUUGCGGAAGAUUUGAAGGAGUCAUGGGAGAAUGAUAGUGCAGCAUACCAUGCAUACAGGAAGGAACUGGAAACACAGUCCUGGACACGGUUCGGACUCGUUCAAAAGGGAGGCGAGAGGAAUAAAGCAGCCCGCGAGGAAUUCGAGAAGCUUAUGGCGAUUAGAUUGGGCGAGAAGAAGGAUGAGCUGCUUGAGCUUGUCUUGCCUGAUUUCCCGCCUACCUGUCGACGACUGACCCCGGGUCCUGGAUACCUGGAGGCAGUUGCAAAGGAGAACGUGGAGUACAUCCGGACCCCGAUAGAGACGCUCACAGAGAGCGGAAUCAAAACUGCGGACGGAAAUGAACGCCAUGUUGACGCCGUGAUCUGUGCCACUGGCGUAGACGUCACCGACACACCGGGGUUUCCAAUCUUCAACGGCACCGGCACAAAUCUCCAAACACUCUGGCAAGACGGCGGCGAUCCCGGAUUCCCAGAUACGUACUUGGGCAUUGCAGCCGCCGACUUCCCGAAUCUGCUCUUCAUCGGGGGUCCCAAUUCCGCCUCUGGGUUUGCAGGGACAGUCCCGCAUACCAUCGAGACGCAGGUAACGUACAUUGCAAAGAUCCUGCGGAAAGUAUCAUCGCAGCGGAUCCGGACGAUUGCUCCAUCGCGGGCUGCGGUGGUGGACUUCAGAGCCUACUGCGAGUCCUUCUUCCCGACCACGGUUCUCGGCGAGGGAUGCAGUUCUUGGUAUAACAAUCAGGUGAAAGGCGGACGAAUUGUCGCGGUGUGGCCUGGGAGUGGUGCCCAUGUGAACUACAUUCGAAGGGAUGUGCGCUGGGAGGACUUUGAGUAUACAUAUCACAAUUCCCAGGGAAACCGGUUUGGAUAUUUUGGGAAUGGGUGGACGAGCAGGGAUGUUGCUGCGAAGGACGGUGGUGAGGAUGCAAAGGGUGUGGACUUUACAUACUAUCUGAAGCCCCAGGCGAGUAGUGGCGACGGUGUUGAUUUACGGGGUUAUCAUGAGGCUUGGUGGGAAGUUUGA